AUGUCUGCCAUCAUCAUCCAGGCAUCAGCGUACCCCUCAGAGAGGACGCCUCUAAUAUCAUCCGACUCUCGGUCAGCAAUCGCCCCUCCCAGCCCCGCCAACGAUGCCUCAUCCAAGGCGCCACCUUUGAAAGACUCCAUAUCUUUCAUGAGGUUUGUCACCGUACUGAUAGGUAUAUGGUCGGCCAACUUGGUUUUUGCUUUCCAAAGUACCGCGAUUCCUACGUUGGCGCCCGAGAUCGGCAGCUGGUUUGAGCACGCAGAGUUGGCCUCUUAUCUCGGGAGCAUGUUUACUUUGGCAAACACUGCUGUCAUACCAAUAUAUGGCGUCCUCAUGGAAGCUUUGGGAAGGAAAACGGCGAUCGUUAUCGCAUGCGUUUUGUUUGGCUCUGGAACGAUAUUAUGCGCGCUCGCAGGCAACAUGUACACUCUGAUAGGAGCUCGAGUAUUUGCAGGGCUGGGAGGUGGGGGCCUCUUGACGGUCUCUAGCGUCAUCGUCACCGACCUGGUUCCUCUGCGAGACCGGGGAUUCUACCAAGGCCUUAUGAUGACUGUCUUUGGAAGCGGUUCUAUGUUGGGAGGGCCAGUGGCGGGAUGGUUGACGGACAAGGUCGGCUGGGAAUGGGCGUUCUGGGUUCAGCUACCCGUCACAGUCUUUUGCUGCAUCAUAGUCGUAACAUUCCUUCCAUCGCCUGCUAUUCCACCCACCCACACCUCCCUCCUAUCCGGUCUUGCAUCUUUGGAUUGGCUCGGCACCAUCCUCCUCGUCACCUCCAUAUCAGCACUGAUACUUGGCUUCUCCUUUCACACCUCAUAUCUGGAGCCACUCACGUCACCCGUGGUGUGGGGGCUACUCUUGGUUGCGAUUAUAAGCGCGAUCGCGUUCUUGCUUGUGGAGAUGAAGGUUGAGAGACCAGUGCUACCACUCCGGCUUUUCAAGUCGAACCAUCUGGCUGCGGUCAUGCUGAGUGGGUUCUUCUUGUCGAUUGCCAACCAGUCUUUUACGUAUCAAAUCCCCGUCUACUUUCUAGUGAUACUCGGCACCACCACUGCCAAAGCCGGACUCAUUAUUUCGCUCUGCAGCGGUCUAGGUCUUGCCACAGGAUCCCUACUUGCCGGACAAUAUAUCAGAAGUGGAUAUCCCUACAGAUGGCUAGGUCCCAUUGCCCUUGUCCCAGCCGUGACAAGUGCUCUGAUAGCUGCAAGCUGGACGGUCCAAUGGCCAUGGUGGGGAUACUAUGCGACGGUCUUUCCGUCCGUGUUGGGUUAUUCGACCUUUCUUUGCGUUCAGCUGGGCAAGUCUUCCCCGAAAGCCACCGCUCUCUUGUACGCCACGCGAAGUCUGGGUGCCACGCUCGGUGUGAGCAUUGGAGGCUCCAUUCAGCUCGGUGCCCUAGGGACUCAGCUGCGCGCCCAGUUUAAAGGGGUUGAUCAUCAGGAGCAGAUCAUAGACGCCAUCCUUCAUUCAAAAUCUGCCAUCUCUCUCUUGCCCCCCUCCCUACAGCCCCUCGCCCUUGCUGCAUACUCCAGCUCCCUGUCAACCGUCUGGCUCGUAAGCUCCGCGGUAGCCGUCCUCACUCUGCUAUGUUCGUUCUUCAUACAGGUUCAUCAUGUCGACGAGGAGGAGAACAAAGUAUCCCAAGGGACCGGAGGAGGUCUGAACGAAGGUCCGCCUUUUGGACAGGCGUUGGGAGAGGCUAGCUCGCAAGGUGAGAGGCAUUAG